AUGAGAAACUCUCAUACAAUAACCCGUGCUGAUAUUGAGUGGACUUAUCCAACAUCUGAUAAUUCAAACGACCAACACUUGGCAAUGAAUAACGCACCUAAUUCUGUGAAUUCAGAAAUUGGUUUGACAAAUAUUUAUCCUGCCUUUGAAGGAUUCUCAUAUUCUUGCGGUGAUAUUCAAGACGGAUUACCAAAUGCUGAAGCAAUGGCCAGAGAAUGUCGUUCCAUGUUAACUAGUGUUGCAUUCAGUUGGGUUGUCACCAUUCUUUUCGCAUCCACAACUUUCGUCUCCUACAAAAUGUGGUUCGAAAGACAAGAAAGAUAUGAGGGAGAGCGUAGAGUCGAAGCAUUGAGUGAAGUAGUCUACAAGUAUAAACCUAAACAAUCUACUUUAAUUGAAAUCAAUGAGCCUGAACAAAAUAAAUAUGGAAUUCAAAAUAUGGUAUUAUAUGGUCUGUCAACUUUUACUACUUGGUAUGUCGGUAAAGGAAUAAGAUGUGACUUAAUAUUUACUGAUUACCUGGAUCCAAUAAAAGUAAAUGUGGCAGAAUUAGCGAAAUUACAAUGUGAAUUCCAUAUAACAAGUUUGAUAUUUUGUUGGAUGAAUAUUGGCUUGUCACUAGUUUCUUUAUUUCUAAGUAUUUGGAGAUCGAUCGAUGCUAAGAAUUUAGAUUUAUAUUAUGAUAACACAACUAAUAGUAAUAGAGCUAGUAAUGUUAUGGUUGUCGAUGAUUAUUACGGUAAUGAACAAUAUACAUCGCCAACGAGUAGAGUUGGUAGUGCAUUUUUUGGUAAAAACUUUGGUAGAAGAGCCUCAGUUGCUUAUUUUUAA